CAUCAAGUUGAAUCUUAUAAAAAUUACUUAGCAUGGAAAUUUGGAAGCAGAGAAUUAUGAUGGAAAGAAAGAAUUGGAGGAAGAAUCAUCCCCAUGGCUUUGUGGCUAAGAUAGCAAAGGACAAUGAUGGCAAUCUUACUUUGAAUCACUGGAUUUGAAUUAUCCCAGGCAAAAAGGGAGGAUUAUGGGAAGGAGGAAAUUUCGUUCUCCAUAUGACAUUUCCUGAAGAAUACCCUAACAAAGCUCCAAAAUGACAGUUUGCUCCUGUGUUGUUUCAUCCAAAUGUAUAUCCUUCUGGGACAGUUUGCUUAAGUAUUCUGAACGAAGAUGAAGACUGGAUGCCUUCAAUUAGCAUCAAAGAAAUAUUAUUAGGCAUCCAGAACUUGCUGGAUCAUCCAAAUCCAGACUCUCCAGCUCAGACAGAACCGUAUUACUUAUAUGUAGAUAAUCCUGCUAGGUAUGCUCAGACUGUGAAGGACCAAAUCAAGAAAAUAUCUGUUAAGGUUUAAUUACUAAUUUU